AAUCUCCUCCUCUUCUAAUAAUAAUGUGUCUCCAGUUCAGGCUUAGUUUCCCGAGAGUCUCUCUCCCUCCCCUCGGCCUUAUUAUGCGGAGAGACAGCGCCGGAUAACGAGGCGCACACACAACACAACCAAGCCAGAGCCGCCCUCUCCCUCCUCCUCCUCCUCCCUCUCCGUCUGGCUGGCCGAGGGAGGGGCGGACUAGAGGCCUCGUCCCGGCGGAGGCGGAGGCGGAGGGGGGGAGGGAGGGGGCCGGCGGUUGCGCUCUCUCUCGGGCUCAAGAUGGCGCCCGGCUGGCGAAGCCUGAGGGGAAGGAGGAGGCGGCUUCCUUCGUAACCCGGAGCUCAGGGGAGGCCGGGAAGAGCCUUACUCGCUUCCAAUCGGUUUAUUUGGGCCCCCUUUUUGAGGGUGGUCCGCCUGGGCCUUUUGGGGCGAGGAGGAGGAGGAGAGGGGGCAUGGUGUAGGUGGGUGGGUUUAAAGGAGGAGGAGGAGGAGGAGCAGCCCCGUCGUCGUCGUCGUCUCCUCCUGCCAUGGCUCUGAGGGAGCUCAAGGUCUGCCUGCUCGGGGACACUGGUGUAGGCAAAUCAAGCAUUGUGUGGCGCUUUGUAGAGGACAGCUUUGAUCCCAACAUCAAUCCAACAAUUGGAGCAUCUUUUAUGACCAAGACAGUACAAUAUCAGAAUGAAUUGCAUAAGUUCCUAAUAUGGGAUACAGCUGGACAAGAAAGAUUUCGUGCUCUGGCACCAAUGUACUACCGAGGAUCUGCAGCAGCUAUUAUAGUUUAUGACAUCACAAAAGAGGAAACAUUUUCGACAUUAAAGAACUGGGUGAAAGAACUUCGCCAACAUGGACCUCCCAAUAUUGUAGUAGCUAUUGCUGGAAACAAGUGUGAUCUUAAUGAUGUAAGAGAAGUCAUGGAGAAAGAUGCUAAAGACUAUGCAGAUUCCAUUCACGCAAUAUUUGUAGAGACCAGUGCAAAAAAUGCAAUAAACAUAAAUGAACUCUUUAUAGAAAUUAGUCGGAGAAUUCCUUCAACAGAUACCAACCCCCCAUCUAGUGGUAAGGGCUUCAAACUUAGAAGACAGCCUUCAGUGACAAAGCGUAGCUGCUGUUGACUGAUGCUGUAGUAUAUCAGACUUGCUUUUAUGAAGUACUUGGCCUUGGACGUUAAGGGUUUGUUUUGAGUAUAUCUUACUGGUAUCGGAAUCCUGUCUGCCUGAUGUUCAUAGACCCCAAAAUGGACUGGCCCUGGCAUAUUUAUACAUGCUGAGGAGACUGCAAUGGUCAUGCUGUCAGACUGUUUGUUUAUGGACUAACUUUUGUACUCAGAGAGAAUCAUCUUUAAUUUCUGCUUUAGCCUUGUGGGAGAGACUCCAACGUACAGAUUGUAAGACUUGAUAGUUUUUGUAAGCAAAAAUUUGCCAUGUUUUUUGUAACUGGGGGGGGGGAGGGAAACAAGCACUUUGUGUAUUUUGGUGGGAGUGGACAAGCUCUGUGCAUUCAAAUAUGAACACUGAUCUUAAUGCAGUUCUGCACUCCACAUUGUUGUUCCUACAGGCCUUACUGUUUUCAUUGUUGCUUUUCCAAAGUACAGAAUGGACAACUGAUUAAUAGUUGGCUGCAAAAUAAUGAUUUUUUUUAAAUGACCAAAUUCAACCCAUCUAGUCCCCAAUUUUAAUUGCACUUUUAUUAUAUACUAAUGAUAUUGCAGGAAUACAAAUGUUCUUUGGGGGAAAUGUUGGCCAAGCAUUGCCUUAGACAAUCUUACACUGUUAUGUAGAAUUAUUUUAAACAUAACAAGAGACACUUCUCAGAAACCUCUUACUAGGGUUUUCAGUAAGGUAAUAAAAAUAAUAAAUGAAGCUGACCAAAAUGAAAUUGACCACAACUGACAGGCAUCAGUUGCUGUCAGUAGUUUUAGAAUGAGCAUGUUGGAUGGGAACAUUUUUAAUUGCUUAGCAUGAGCAAUUUUUAUACUCUUAUUUAUGAGACCAAUGCUUGAAGUAUUAUAAAUUAUGUAAGUGCCAUAGAUUUAAAAAUCUAUUUCCUUUCAUCUCUCCAUCCCUUAAUCUGUGAUGGGGCAUAGGAGAGUCCUAAGAUCAGGAUUGUUGUGGAUCCAUCCUGUGAGCAUGAGGCCUUGCAUCAUCUAGCACCUCUAGUUAGUACAGUGUUGAAAGACACUCCUCUCUCUGUCCAGUAGAGGUUGCUGCUAAUGUACCUUGAAGCUUGUGUGUGGAAUAAAUCACAUCUGUAUGUGAAAAGCGAAACAGGGAUCUGGAGCCAAGUUGGGUGGGGCAGUGUAGAUCAUUGCCUUCUUGCUCUUGGUCCUAUCCUAAAAAUUAAUUUUUUAAAAAAAUCUUGUUUUUAAACAGACUAGCUCUUGGCUUUGUAUUGUGUUUUCAUUUUAUAUUAAACUAUAAAUUAAUCUUGCCCAAUUAUACUAUUUCUCAUUAUUUUUGUUGCAACCUUCUCAUGGAAAAAUAGACCUGGGAGGCUCUUGUGUGCAUUUUCCCCAUAAGAAUAUGACCACUUAAUAAACUCACAAUGUGUAAAAUAAGUCAUAAGGCUUUGAUAUUCACAGAAACAUGUCUGUGGUGAUUUUCUCCCAAGCUGUUGCUUGGCAUUUGACCAUCUUAAGUAAGUGUUUUCAACUGAGAAGGAAAUUUCAAAGGAUACAUAGGAAAUGAAACAGCUUGUGCUUCAAAAAUACUACACUAUAUUAUUUCAGAGCGCUUCUCUACACAAGUGAAUUACUAUAGUUAACUGAUGUAGUUGAAAUUAUUCAAAAGAAGUAGGAUUUUCCUUUUUUGUUUUUUAUUUCAAAGCAUGGGUGGACCAUCUCUAAAGAAUCCAAACUGCUAAGGUCAUCUUGCCAUGCAUAAAUAGCUGCAUGCAUGGUGCUGACAAAUAAUAAAUACCAAGUUCUUGUAAAGUUCUUGUUUAGAACAAACCGUGGAGCAUAGCAUUCACUCUGCAUGAAUCCUAAAUAUAUAUGUUAACAAUGACAUGUACAAUGUUUUUCAUACCUUGUUUGGUUUGUAACACUGAUCUGCUGUGAGUUUUCAUUUGAAGAAUUGUGUAUACCUGCCACCUGUCCAAAGAGUCCUUGGCUGCCAAAAAUAUAUUUAGGACUGGGCACAACGAUACUGUCUAUUGUAGUGUUGUGAUCUAGGGUAAAUUGCCAUCACAAGAUGAUCCAGAAUGUUUUGCUGGCACUAUGGCCUGGAUUGAUUAGUGCUUUGGCCAAGUCUUAUCAUUCCGUUUGCAUCCCUGUUGUGUAAUGCAAAUUGGACUGAAAAGAUCUAUGGUAGGGGUGCAAUGGUGACACACUUCCUAUUGGUCUUUUUCAAGACAUUUCAAUCAGGUGUGUACUAGAAGUCCAACAACAUUAUGGCCCCAUUUCAAAGAGGUGUAGUGGAAUUCAGCAAGGCUUCAGAGUCUCCUGGCCUUGAUUACAAUUUCCAAUCUGUACUGUGUGGUGAUCUACCCUUGAGAUGCUGCUCUCUUCCAGAUGUUUCCUUCAUUGUAGAGCAGAGCUAACAUUGGGGAGGUAAGGGAGGAAAUCUCUAGCCCUUGAUUUUUUAAAGUAAUUAUCUAGAUCUAAUUUAGUGUAAUAUUAGAUAUUGUAAUGAAAUUUCAGUUGACUGACAGGUUGCGUCUGUAAAUACACUCAAGUAAACCCUUCCAUGCCAGUAUCAGAGAGCCAGUGUGUAGAUGUAUAUAUGCUUAUCUGAAUGUAUGAUUAUUAGAGCAUUAUCUUAUUCAUGCAGCCUCUUUCUAAUCAAUCCCUUAUUUGACAAAUAAAUUUUGAAUCUUUGCCUCUCC